AUCUCGCUUUAUUGGUGAUAUUUACAUUCUUUAUGGAAGUCUGAAAGAGGAUCCAUUUCGGUUUAUUCGGAACCUGUUUGAUCUUUGGAACGGAGGCUUUCCAAGGAACUGAGAAAGUUGGCAGGAGGGACAAUUUUCGGCUCAGUUGUCCUUUAUUUCGCUCGGAUUCCUUAUGUGGGAAGCUGGCGGAGAGUCACUGGGAAUCGCCCUAGAGCCUCUCAGAUCUGCUCGUGAGUCCCCGGAUCUGUCUGUAUUAUGACCCUGAGCUCUGAAAUGUCCGAUGCGUCCAUCGUUUCAGAAGAGACCGACAUAGAUGUGGUGGGAGACGGAGCGGAAGGGGAGGAAGACGAGGCCCAGGGGGCCAACUCCUUUGGGGAAGUCGUUAGCCAGAUGCACUCUGAUAUUCUAACGCCUCGAUCGCCCUCCUGCGUGGAUAGUUCGUCGAACCGGGACCCUUACAAACCAACCAGUAAAAACCCUCUGGUGAAGCCUCCUUACUCAUACAUAGCCUUAAUCACAAUGGCAAUCCUCCAAAGUCCAAAAAAGAGACUAACUCUCAGUGAGAUCUGUGAAUUUAUCAGUAAUAGGUUUCCUUACUACAGAGAGAAGUUCCCCGCUUGGCAAAACUCAAUCAGACACAACUUGUCCUUAAAUGACUGUUUCGUAAAAAUUCCCAGGGAACCUGGUAAUCCGGGCAAAGGCAACUACUGGACUUUGGAUCCGGAAUCUGCAGAUAUGUUUGACAAUGGCAGCUUUUUGCGAAGGCGUAAACGGUUCAAAAGGCAGCAAUCAACAGAUCUGCUCCGGGAGCAUGCAUCCAUCAAGGCAGGCCCAUUCCAUCCCCCCGCCGUCCAUGCUGCCCGCAGGCGAACUCGCCAGGAACUCUUUCUACCCGCAACUCAGCCCUCCGCUAACCUCAGUGCAAUCUGUCAAACACAGCUCAACUAUAUCGAGGUCCCCCUUCUCCAUCGAAAAUAUCAUAGGAGGCAACGGCAGUUCAGCCAGCUGCGCAUCCCAGUCUCCAGCCGCUUCUGUAUUAUCAUCAAUGCCUUCCUCUUCAUCGGCUCUACCGAGUCUGCUGCAAGAGACUGCCGCACAAAAUGCAGGGAACUUUAAUGGUAGGAUUCCAAAUGUUAACGGCUGUUAAUAAAGUAUAAUGCACGUCUAUCUGAAGGUAGGAUUAUUUUUGUACAUUUCCUAUAUGCCAACAAAAUGCGGACAACUAUGAGUUCAGCAGACUUAAUCUUGUAUAUAUAUUUAUGUAUCCUUCCAAAGACUUGAGUUAAAAUACAGACAUAUCUGUAAAGCGAUAUGUUGUAAGAUACUGACUAGGUACUGUUCGCGAACCUUCGGCGCUGGUGUUUAUAGGACAUCUCAGGUGUAAAAAAAUCAAAUUAACUCAGAAAAUUAUAAAGAGAACUGAAGGCAGUAAAAAGCAAAACCUGUUUUCAGCAGCCCAUCUGAUAGUUUAUUGACCGGUCACUAUGUACAGUGUAAGAACCUUUUUAAAGAAUGUAAUGGGUAAAAUUUAAAAGAAAGCAAAGUUUUAAAACUGUGAAACAGAAGAUUUUGAAAUGCCUUUCUAUCUGAUAUUUUUUAACCUGUGUUUUGUAUAUGGAUAUUAUGUUUUAUAGACUAUGUACCUUUCUAAGACAA